UCCUUUAGAGAUGUUGGAAGCAGCUCAGGGACACAACAUCUCUCACACCAACUGAGACCGGCUGCUGACAAGCACAAACCAGUUGGGGACUCUCUAAAAACUUCAGAGACGGAGUUUCAAAGGCGCGAGGCGCUGACCAUAAAAGCAUUGGUACCUUUGGUCUUUAUCCUGAUUUUGGAACGAGGAGGACCACCUGAAGAUCUGAGGCUGCCCACAGAGUCAUAAGGAAGCUAAAAGCCCUUUAGACCAAGAUGGACUCCAAGGAAAAUGGCCACACAGAAGUCCACGGACCUGUGGCUGGCAUAUUCCUGGAGAAAACAGAGGAGAAGAUAACCAUAUAUCAAGCCAUGAAGAAACGUCUGCUCAAGCCAGGAACAGCAUUAGCCCUGCUUGAAGCACAAGCAGCUACAGGGGGUAUUGUAGAUCCAAUAAAUAAUCGAAUACUUUCUGUGGCAGAUGCUGUUAAGGAGAGAAUAGUUGGACCAGAGAUGAAAGAGAAACUCCUAACAGCAGAGAAAGCUGUCAGUGGCUAUGUAGACCCCUACACCAACCAAAUGAUAUCUGUGUACCAAGCUAUGCAAAAAGAUUUGGUCCCGAGAGAUUAUGGAUUGAGGCUGCUGGAAGCACAGAUUGCCACACAAGGCCUGUUUGAUCCCGUUGACAAGAAAAAUAUUUCAGUUGAAUCAGCGAUUCAAAAUGGCUACUACGAAAAAGGCUUGCUCAAUGACCAGAUGUCAGAGCUCAAAGUGUUCUACAAUCCAAGCUUGCAAGAAAAUGUUAACUACCAAAACCUUGUAGAGAAAUGCACUGUGGAGCCUGAAACAGGCCUGUUGCUCCUUCCAGUCUGCAUCACCUUCAAAGGUCUGCGAAAAGGUAUUUCCUGCUCCGAGCUCCUGGAAUCAAAGAUCAUUGAUAAAGAAACAUAUGAUGACCUACAGGAGGGAACAACCACAACGCAGGAUGUGAUGCUGAUGGAAACAGUGAAAGAGUACCUGGAGGGCAAAGGUAGUAUUGCAGGCAUUGCUAUACUCUCAACUAAUGAGAGAAUGAGCAUCUAUCAAGCCAUGAUGAAAGGCAUAGUGAUGCCUGGAACAGCACUAGUUUUACUGGAAGCACAAGCAGCAACUGGAUUCAUGAUUGAUCCUAUAGAAAACAAAAAGUACACUGUGGAUGAAGCCAUCAAAAACAAACUUGUUGGCCCAGAAUAUUACGCAAAACUGAACUCUGCUGAGCGAGCAGUAAUUGGAUACAAAGACCCAUACACAGGUGAAACUAUAUCCCUGUUUCAAGCACUGUCUAAAGACCUCAUCGUUAAGGAACAUGGGAUACGUCUUCUUGAGGCGCAAAUAGCUACAGGUGGAAUAAUCGACCCCAUCAACAGUCACAGACUACCAACAGAGGUGGCCUUCAAGAGAGGUUAUUUUGACGAAGAAAUGAAUGCGGUACUAGAGGAUUCAGGGGAUGACACAAAAGGGUUUUUUGACCCAAACACAGAAGACAAUCUCACUUACCUCCAGCUGAUGGAGAGGUGUGUCAUUGAUCCCAUCACUGGACUGUGCCUCCUCCCUCUCGUUGAUAAGUCCGACAUACUGAAUUUCAACUUCAUCGACUACCAAACUAAAAUGACCUUCAAAGAGCAGAAGGUGAACGUGACUUGUGGGAAGUACUCAGGGAUGACAGUAUCUCUGUGGGUACUCCUGAUGUCAGAAUACUUUGAUGAACAACAGAGGGGAGACAUCAUUCGAAAGUACAGAGAGGGGAAACUCAAUAUCAAGAGAACCAUCACAAUGGUUUUGGAAGUCAUAGAAAAGUCUGUGCAAACAACCAAUGUUGUCUUUGAAGGUAUCAGGGACACCGUCACAGCCAAACAGCUUGAGGAAGCAGAUAUCAUUAGCGCUGAGGUUCUGGAGAAUCUGGAAAAGGGAAAGGUGUCUGUAAAGGAAGUAAUACAAGAUGAAAAUGUCAGUGCAUUCCUACAGGGGAAAGACAGCAUCGCAGGAAUUCUGCUUCCUGAUUCUCGAAUCAUGACCAUCUACCAAGCCAAACAAAAAGGAAAGCUGAUGCCAGGAACUGCUCUGAUUCUCCUGGAGGCACAGGCAGCAACAGGGUUUGUCAUUGACCCUAUUGGAAACAGGAAGUUUUCAGUGGAUGAUGCUGUCAAAGCAAAGAUAGUGGGGCCUGAUGUUUGUCAAAAGUUGCGCUCAGCAGAGAAAGCAGUCACUGGGUACAAAGAUCCAUAUGAUGGUAAAAUAAUCUCCUUGUUCCAAGCCAUGCAAAAAGAUCUCAUCGUAAAAGACCAUGGAAUUCGACUCCUGGAGGCACAAAUUGCCACUGGUGGGAUCAUUGACCCGGUGAACAGCCAUCGCAUUCCUGUCCAUGUGGCUUAUAAGAGGGGAUACUUUAAUGAGGAAAUGAACGAGAUCCUUAGUGAUCCAAGUGAUGACACUAAAGGAUUCUUUGAUCCAAACACCCAGGAGAACCUGACAUACCUGCAGCUCAUGGACAGAUGUGUCAAAGAUCCCAGUACAGGUCUGUGUCUCUUGCCACUCAAAUGCAAAAGUAUCAAAAUUAACAUAGAUGAUAAUAUGAGGGAAACAUUCAAGACAACAACAGUUACUGUUAAGUAUGGCAGGUUCAAGGGCAAGCACACGACACUGUGGGAUCUGAUCAAUUCAGAGUAUCUGACUGAGGACAAAAGACAGGAGUUUUUCAAGCUCUUCAAGUCAAGGAAAAUCACCAUUGCACAACUCACUGUCACCAUUGUUGAGAUCAUUGAGAGUAAGGAGAUAAAACAGCAGGCAGGGCUGAACUUUGAAGGUCUCAGAGGAGAAGUCUCUGUUGUUGAUCUUCUGGAUCUUGAAAUUGUGGAUGAAAAAACAUACAACUGCUUGCUAGAGGGAAAAAUGACGAGCACUGAUGUGAUGGAAAUGGACAGUGUGAGAACCUACCUAAAAGGGAGUAGUUGUGUGGCUGGGGUGAUACUGCAACCCUCCAAUCAGAGGCUAAGCAUCCACGAGGCACAGAGAGUUGGCAUUCUCACACCUGGAACUGCCCUUUGCCUCCUUGAAGCACAAGCGGCCACAGGGUUCAUUGUUGAUCCUCUGAAAAACAAAAAACUGACAGUGGAAGAAGCUCUCAGAGAGAAGGUAAUUGGUCCCGUGAUGCAUGAAAAGCUUCUCUCUGCUGAGAGGGCUGUCACUGGUUAUAGAGAUCCAUACACUGGUCAAAAGAUCUCACUUUUCCAAGCCUUGCAAAAGGAUCUCAUUGUCAAGCAGCAUGGCAUCCGUUUACUUGAGGCCCAGAUUGCUACAGGUGGUAUCAUUGAUCCUAUAAACUGUCUUCAUUUACCCCUUGAGGUUGCAUACAGGAAAGGAUAUUUUGAUGCAGAACUUAAUCAGAUCCUAUCAGACCCAACUGAUGACACAAAGGGCUUUUUUGACCCAAACACACAAGACAAUCUGACAUACAUGGAGAUAUUGGAUAGAUGUGUAAAAGAUAAGGAAACAGGACUGUUUCUGCUGCCAAUGAAUGACAAACGAAAAGCUACAGAAACAAAGACAAAAAUGUACACUGACACAGAGAUAAAGCAAGAGUUUCAAAAGACAGCAGUGAGUGUAUCAGUAGGACGUUUCUCUGGAAAAUCUGUUUCUCUGUGGGACUUGAUCCACUCUGGGUACUUUACUGAGGAUCAGCAGCUUGAGUUCUUUGAAAAGUACAGAAAAAGGAAGAUAACCACACAAACCAUAAUCACAUUAGUGAUUUCCACAAUUGAAACACUGGAGAGGGAAACUCACAAAACAAUAACAGGCCUGAGAAAACCUGUCUCUGCACAACAAUUAUUGGAUUCUGAUAUUAUUGACGCAGACACCUUCAAGCAGGUGAAAGAAGGAAAACUCACUCUUGAAGCACUGAUUCUGCGUGAGUCUGUGAGAGGAUACAUGAGGGGAACUGGAAGCAUUGCUGGAAUUAAGGUUCAUCCAUCCAAGAAAGUAAUGAGCAUAUAUGAAGCACAAAAAGAAGAUCUGUUGACACCUGGCUAUGCACUUGUACUGCUUGAAGCUCAGGCUGCAACAGGAUGGGUCAUUGAUCCUAUCAAGAACAAGUUCUACACUGUUGAUGAGGCAGCAAGAGAGCAAGUAAUUGGACCAGAUGUACAUGAGAAACUUCUCUCAGCUGAACGAGCAGUUACAGGCUACAAAGAUCCAUACACAGAUGCAACAAUAUCACUGUUUGAAGCCAUGGAUGAGCAGCUGAUUCAGAGAAGUGAUGGCAUUCGUCUGCUUGAUGCUCAGAUAGCAACUGGAGGAAUCAUUGACCCGAAUCAAAGUCUUAGGCUGCCUGUUCAAGUUGCUGUUAAAAAGGGAUAUCUGGAUGAAGAAACAAGCAAAGUUCUGCUGAGCCCCACUGAUGAUGCAAAGAGGUUCUUUGACCCGAACACCAAAGAAAACCUCUCUUACUUUCAGCUGAUAAAGCGAUGUGAGAAAGAUCCUGAAACUGGGCUACUUCUUCUUCCCCUGCAUCAGGAGGAAUCCCAUGGAUUUCACACAGAUGAGCAAAUAGAGCUUGCAUUCAAAAACAAAACCAUCACCAUGGAUGCUGGAAGAUUUAAAGACAAAGAGGUGACAUUGUGGGAAGUGCUGCUCUCUGAAUACAUAUCAGAGCAAAAAAGGAACCAGCUCAUACAACAAUACAAAACAAGGACCAUGAAAAUAGAGGAGAUAAUUGAAAUACUCACCAGUAUCGUAACUGAGGUGUCAUCCAAGGAAAAGAAGUUCAAAGGUCUAAGAAAACAGGUCUCAGCCAGUGAGUUGUAUGAAUCAAAGAUUAUAUCAAAGGAGCUUUUCACACAGAUUAUACAAGGGGAAGUAACCGAAGAGAAUGUUAACAAAAUGGAAUCAAUUCAGAAGUACCUUGGAGCUACAAACUGCAUAGCAGGUGUCAGAGUUGAAUCGACAAAGAAAGUUAUGAGCAUCUAUGAAGCCAAAGGAAAAGGUCUGCUGACUCCUGGCACAUCUCUUGUGCUGCUGGAGGCUCAAGCCGCCACAGGCUUUGUCAUUGACCCAGUGAACAACAAUAAACUUUCCGUGGAGGAAGCUGUGGCUCAACGUCUGGUUGGCAGUGAGUGGAAAAAGAAACUGCUUUCAGCAGAACGAGCUGUUACAGGAUACAAAGAUCCCUACACUGGAGACACAAUUUCUUUGUUCCAGGCCUUGCAAAAAGAUCUUAUUGUCAAAGAUCAUGGAAUUCGCCUCCUUGAAGCACAAAUUGCGACCGGAGGCAUAAUUGACCCAGUCCACAGCCAUCGAGUGCCUGUACAGGUGGCAUACCAAAGGGGCUACUUUGACAAAGAAAUGAAUGAGAUUCUAUCUGACCCUGAUGAUGACACCAAGGGGUUCUUUGAUCCCAACACUCAAGAGAACCUCACCUAUCUCCAGCUGAUUGAGAGGUGUGUCAUAGACCCAACUACAGGCCUGAACUUACUGUCCAUUGUGAAGAAAGGCGAGUUUUACUUCUUUGUUGAUGAGGCAACAAAACUCAUUCUGAAAUCUACAACAACAACCAGAGCAGGAGGGAAAUACCAAGGAACAACAGUGUCUCUAUGGGAGCUCCUCUACUCUAAAUACAUCACUGAGGAGAAAAGGAGGGAGCUUGUGCAACAGUACAAGGCUGGAUCAAUCACAAUCGAACGCUUCUUGGAGAUCAUCUUGACAAUCAUUCAGCGGCAAACCAUGACGUCUUCAUCGUCGCCACCAAUGGUCAUUUGCCAACCACCAGAAACAAAAGUGGACAGCUGCAAAGUAAAUCCUACAAUCACCACUACCAUCACAGAGACAACUGAAGUUGGAAACUUCCAUGGCAUUAGAAAGGAUGUCACUGCUACUGAGUUGCUUAAAUCAAAAAUCAUCGAUGAGGAUCUCUACAAAGAUCUUACUGCUGGAAAAGUCACUGUGACAGAAGUAAGUGAAAUGGACUCAGUACGCAAGUACCUCGAGGGGACCAACUGCAUUGCAGGAGUGUACCUGCAGUCCACUGAGGAGACCCUGAGUAUCUUCGAAGCCAAAAGCAGAGGCCUGCUGACUCCUGGUACUUCUCUGGUUCUGCUGGAGGCCCAGGCUGCCACUGGCUUUGUCAUUGACCCUGUGAACAACAGGAAAUUGUCUGUAGAGGAAGCUGUGGCUCAAAAAGUGGUUGGCAGUGAUUGGAAAAACAAACUGCUUUCAGCAGAACGAGCAGUUACAGGAUACAAAGAUCCCUACACAGGCAACACAAUUUCUUUGUUCCAGGCCUUGCAAAAAGAUCUCAUUGUCAAAGAUCAUGGAAUUCGUCUCCUUGAAGCGCAAAUUGCCACAGGAGGCAUAAUUGAUCCGGUGCACAGUCACAGAGUACCUGUUCAGGUGGCCUAUGCAAGGGGUUACUUUGAUGAAGAGAUGAAUCAGAUUUUGUCUGACCCCGAUGAUGACACCAAGGGCUUCUUCGAUCCCAACACUCAAGAGAACCUCACCUAUCUUCAGCUGAUCGAGAGGUGUGUCACAGAUCCCAUCACAGGCCUGAGCUUACUGGUGAUUGUGAAGAAGGGCGAGUUUUAUUUCUUUGUUGAUGAGGCAACAAAACUCAUUCUAAAAUCUACAACAACAACCAGAGCAGGAGGGAAAUACCAAGGAACAACAGUGUCUCUGUGGGAGCUCCUCUACUCCAAAUACAUCACUGAGGAGAAAAGGAGGGAGCUUGUGCAACAGUACAAGGCUGGAUCAAUCACAAUCGAACGCUUCUUGGAGAUCAUCCUGACAAUCAUUCAGCGGCAAACCAUGACGUCUGCGUCGUCACCACCAAUGGUCAUUUGCCAACCACCAGAAACAAAAGUGUACAGCUGCAAAGUAAAUCCUACAAUCACCACUACCAUCACAGAGACAACUGAAGUUGAAAACUUCCAUGGCAUCAGAAAGGAUGUCACUGCUACUGAGCUGCUUAAAUCAAAUAUCAUCGAUGAGGAUCUCUACAAAGAUCUUACUGCUGGAAAAGUCACUGUGACAGAAGUAAGUGAAAUGGACUCAGUACGCAAGUACCUCGAGGGGACCAACAGCAUUGCAGGAGUGUACCUGCAGUCCACCAAAGAGACCCUAAGCAUCUACGAAGCCAGAAAAAGAGGCCUGCUGACUCCCGGUACCUCUCUGAUUUUGCUGGAGGCCCAAGCGGCCACUGGCUUUGUCAUUGACCCUGUGAACAACAAUAAACUUUCUGUAGAAGAAGCUGUUGACCAAAGUGUGGUUGGCAGUGAGUGGAAAAACAAACUGCUUUCAGCAGAACGAGCAGUUACAGGAUACAAAGAUCCCUACACAGGCAACACAAUUUCUUUGUUCCAGGCCUUGCAAAAAGAUCUCAUUGUCAAAGAUCAUGGAAUUCGUCUCCUUGAAGCGCAAAUUGCCACAGGAGGCAUAAUUGAUCCAGUGUACAGUCACAGAGUACCUGUUCAGGUGGCCUAUGCAAGGGGUUACUUUGAUGAAGAGAUGAAUCAGAUUUUGUCUGACCCCGAUGAUGACACCAAGGGCUUCUUCGAUCCCAACACUCAAGAGAACCUCACCUAUCUUCAGCUGAUUGAGAGGUGUGUCACAGAUCCCAUCACAGGCCUGAGCUUACUGGUGAUUGUGAAGAAGGGUGAGUUUUAUUUCUUUGUUGAUGAGGCAACAAAACUCAUUCUAAAAUCUACAACAACAACCAGAGCAGGAGGGAAAUACCAAGGAACAACAGUGUCUCUAUGGGAGCUCCUCUACUCUAAAUACAUCACUGAGGAGAAAAGGAGGGAGCUUGUGCAACAGUACAAGGCUGGAUCAAUCACAAUCGAACGCUUCUUGGAGAUCAUCCUGACAAUCAUUCAGCGGCAUGAAGUUGAAAACUUCCAUGGCAUCAGAAAGGAUGUCACCGCUACUGAGUUGUUUAAAUCAAAAAUCAUCGAUGAGGAUCUCUACAAAGAUCUUACUGCUGGAAAAGUCACUGUGACAGAAGUAAGUGAAAUGGACUCAGUACGCAAGUACCUCAGGGGAACCAACUGCAUUGCAGGAGUGUACCUGCAGUCCACUGAGGAGACCCUGAGUAUCUUCGAAGCCAAAAGCAGAGGCCUGCUGACUCCUGGUACUUCUCUGGUUCUGCUGGAGGCCCAGGCUGCCACUGGCUUUGUCAUUGACCCUGUGAACAACAGGAAAUUGUCUGUAGAGGAAGCUGUGGCUCAAAAAGUGGUUGGCAGUGAUUGGAAAAACAAACUGCUUUCAGCAGAACGAGCAGUUACAGGAUACAAAGAUCCCUACACAGGCAACACAAUUUCUUUGUUCCAGGCCUUGCAAAAAGAUCUCAUUGUCAAAGAUCAUGGAAUUCGUCUCCUUGAAGCGCAAAUUGCCACAGGAGGCAUAAUUGAUCCGGUGCACAGUCACAGAGUACCUGUUCAGGUGGCCUAUGCAAGGGGUUACUUUGAUGAAGAGAUGAAUCAGAUUUUGUCUGACCCCGAUGAUGACACCAAGGGCUUCUUCGAUCCCAACACUCAAGAAAACCUCACCUAUCUUCAGCUGAUCGAGAGGUGUGUCACAGAUCCCAUCACAGGCCUGAGCUUACUGGUGAUUGUGAAGAAGGGCGAGUUUUAUUUCUUUGUUGAUGAGGCAACAAAACUCAUUCUGAAAUCUACAACAACAACCAGAGCAGGAGGGAAAUACCAAGGAACAACAGUGUCUCUGUGGGAGCUCCUCUACUCCAAAUACAUCACUGAGGAGAAAAGGAGGGAGCUUGUGCAACAGUACAAGGCUGGAUCAAUCACAAUCGAACGCUUCUUGGAGAUCAUCCUGACAAUCAUUCAGCGGCAAACCAUGAUGUCUUCAUCGUCACCACCAAUGGUCAUUUGCAAACCACCAGAAACAAAAGUGGACAGCUGCAAAGUAAAUCCUGAAAUCACCACUACCAUCACAGAGACAACUGAAGUUGGAAACUUCCAUGGCAUCAGAAAGGAUGUCACCGCUACUGAGCUGCUUAAAUCAAAUAUCAUUAAUGAGGAUCUCUACAAAGAUCUUACUGCUGGAAAAGUCACUGUGACAGAAGUAAGUGAAAUGGACUCAGUACGCAAGUACCUCGAGGGGACCAACAGCAUUGCAGGAGUGUACCUGCAGUCCACCAAAGAGACCCUAAGCAUCUACGAAGCCAGAAAAAGAGGCCUGCUGACUCCCGGUACCUCUCUGAUUUUGCUGGAGGCCCAGGCUGCCACUGGCUUUGUCAUUGACCCGGUGAACAACAAUAAACUUUCUGUAGAAGAAGCUGUUGACCAAAGUGUGGUUGGCAGUGAGUGGAAAAACAAACUGCUUUCAGCAGAACGAGCAGUUACAGGAUACAAAGAUCCCUACACAGGCAACACAAUUUCUUUGUUCCAGGCCUUGCAAAAAGAUCUCAUUGUCAAAAAUCAUGGAAUUCGUCUCCUUGAAGCGCAAAUUGCCACAGGAGGCAUAAUUGAUCCAGUGUACAGUCACAGAGUACCUGUUCUGGCCUAUGCAAGGGGUUACUUUGAUGAAGAGAUGAAUCAGAUUUUGUCUGACCCUGAUGAUGACACCAAGGGCUUCUUCGAUCCCAACACUCAAGAGAACCUCACCUAUCUUCAGCUGAUUGAGAGGUGUGUCACAGAUCCCAUCACAGGCCUGAGCUUACUGGUGAUUGUGAAGAAGGGCGAGUUUUAUUUCUUUGUUGAUGAGGCAACAAAACUCAUUCUGAAAUCUACAACAACAACCAGAGCAGGAGGGAAAUACCAAGGAAUAACAGUGUCUCUAUGGGAGCUCCUCUACUCUAAAUACAUCACUGAGGAGAAAAGGAGGGAGCUUGUGCAACAGUACAAGGCUGGAUCAAUCACAAUCGAACGCUUCUUGGAGAUCAUCCUGACAAUCAUUCAGCGGCAAACCAUGAUGUCUUCAUCGUCACCACCAAUGGUCAUUUGCAAACCACCAGAAACAAAAGUGGACAGCUGCAAAGUAAAUCCUACAAUCACCACUACCAUCACAGAGACAACUGAAGUUGAAAACUUCCAUGGCAUUAGAAAGGAUGUCACCGCUACUGAGUUGUUUAAAUCAAAAAUCAUCGAUGAGGAUCUCUACAAAGAUCUUACUGCUGGAAAAGUCACUGUGACAGAAGUAAGUGAAAUGGACUCAGUACGCAAGUACCUCGAGGGGACCAACUGCAUUGCAGGAGUGUACCUGCAGUCCACUGAGGAGACCCUGAGUAUCUUCGAAGCCAGAAAAAGAGGCCUGCUGACUCCUGGUACUUCUCUGGUUCUGCUGGAGGCCCAGGCUGCCACUGGCUUUGUCAUUGACCCUGUGAACAACAGGAAAUUGUCUGUAGAGGAAGCUGUGGCUCAAAAAGUGGUUGGCAGUGAUUGGAAAAACAAACUGCUUUCAGCAGAACGAGCAGUUACAGGAUACAAAGAUCCCUACACAGGCAACACAAUUUCUUUGUUCCAGGCCUUGCAAAAAGAUCUCAUUGUCAAAGAUCAUGGAAUUCGUCUCCUUGAAGCGCAAAUUGCCACAGGAGGCAUAAUUGAUCCGGUGCACAGUCACAGAGUACCUGUUCAGGUGGCCUAUGCAAGGGGUUACUUUGAUGAAGAGAUGAAUCAGAUUUUGUCUGACCCCGAUGAUGACACCAAGGGCUUCUUCGAUCCCAACACUCAAGAGAACCUCACCUAUCUUCAGCUGAUUGAGAGGUGUGUCACAGAUCCCAUCACAGGCCUGAGCUUACUGGUGAUUGUGAAGAAGGGUGAGUUUUAUUUCUUUGUUGAUGAGGCAACAAAACUCAUUCUAAAAAUCACAACAACAACCAGAGCAGGAGGGAAAUACCAAGGAACAACAGUGUCUCUGUGGGAGCUCCUCUACUCCAAAUACAUCACUGAGGAGAAAAGGAGGGAGCUUGUGCAACAGUACAAGGCUGGAUCAAUCACAAUCGAACGCUUCUUGGAGAUCAUCCUGACAAUCAUUCAGCGGCAAACCAUGACGUCUGCAUCGUCACCACCAAUGGUCAUUUGCCAACCACCAGAAACAAAAGUGUACAUCUGCAAAGUAAAUCCUACAAUCACCACUACCAUCACAGAGACAACUGAAGUUGGAAACUUCCAUGGCAUUAGAAAGGAUGUCACCGCUACUGAGCUGCUUAAAUCAAAUAUCAUCGAUGAGGAUCUCUACAAAGAUCUUACUGCUGGAAAAGUCACUGUGACAGAAGUAAGUGAAAUGGACUCAGUACGCAAGUACCUCGAGGGGACCAACAGCAUUGCAGGAGUGUACCUGCAGUCCACCAAAGAGACCCUAAGCAUCUACGAAGCCAGAAAAAGAGGCCUGCUGACUCCCGGUACCUCUCUGAUUUUGCUGGAGGCCCAGGCUGCCACUGGCUUUGUCAUUGAUCCUGUGAACAACAAUAAACUUUCUGUAGGAGAAGCUGUUGAGCAAAGUGUGGUUGGCAGUGAGUGGAAAAACAAACUGCUUUCAGCAGAACGAGCAGUUACAGGAUACAAAGAUCCCUACACAGGCAACACAAUUUCUUUGUUCCAGGCCUUGCAAAAAGAUCUCAUUGUCAAAGAUCAUGGAAUUCGUCUCCUUGAAGCGCAAAUUGCCACAGGAGGCAUAAUUGAUCCGGUGCACAGUCACAGAGUACCUGUUCAGGUGGCCUAUGCAAGGGGUUACUUUGAUGAAGAGAUGAAUCAGAUUUUGUCUGACCCCGAUGAUGACACCAAGGGCUUCUUCGAUCCCAACACUAAAGAGAACCUCACCUAUCUUCAGCUGAUUGAGAGGUGUGUCACAGAUCCCAUCACAGGCCUGAGCUUACUGGUGAUUGUGAAGAAGGGUGAGUUUUAUUUCUUUGUUGAUGAGGCAACAAAACUCAUUCUAAAAUCUACAACAACAACCAGAGCAGGAGGGAAAUACCAAGGAACAACAGUGUCUCUGUGGGAGCUCCUCUACUCCAAAUACAUCACUGAGGAGAAAAGGAGGGAGCUUGUGCAACAGUACAAGGCUGGAUCAAUCACAAUCGAACGCUUCUUGGAGAUCAUCCUGACAAUCAUUCAGCGGCAAACCAUGACAUCCUCAUCGUCAUCAAUGGUCAUGUGCCAGCCACCAGAAACAAAAGUGUACAGCUGCAAAGUAAAUCCUACAAUCACCACUACCAUCACAGAGACAACUGAAGUUGAAAACUUCCAUGGCAUCAGAAAGGAUGUCACCGCUACUGAGUUGUUUAAAUCACAUAUCAUUAAUGAGGAUCUCUACAAAGAUCUGAAAGCUGGAAAAGUCACUGUGACAGAAGUAAGUAAAAUGGACUCAGUACGCAAGUACCUUGAGGGGACAAACAGCAUUGCAGGAGUGUACCUGCAGUCCACCAAAGAGACUCUAAGCAUCUACGAAGCCAAAAGUAGAGGCCUGCUGACUCCUGGUACUUCUCUGGUCCUGCUGGAGGCCCAAGCUGCCACUGGCUUUGUUAUUGAUCCUGUGAACAACAAGAAACUUUCUGUAGAAGAAGCUGUAGCUCAGAAAGUGGUUGGCAGUGAGUGGAGAAAGAAACUGCUUUCAGCAGAACGAGCAGUUACAGGAUACAAAGAUCCCUACAGAAACACAAUUUCUUUGUUCCAGGCCUUGAAAAAAGAUCUCAUUGUUAAAGAUCAUGGAAUUCGUCUCCUUGAAGCGCAAAUUGCCACAGGAGGCAUAAUUGAUCCGGUGCACAGUCACAGAGUACCUGUUCAGGUGGCCUAUGCAAGGGGUUACUUUGAUAAAGAGAUGAAUCAGAUUUUGUCUGACCCCGAUGACGACACCAAGGGCUUCUUCGAUCCCAACACUCAAGAGAACCUCACCUACAUUCAGCUGGUCGAAAGGUGUAUCACAGAUCCUAUAACUGGCCUCACUUUACUCCCCUUGCACAAGUGAAGGAAAGAAAACUUUUUUUCAAGCAUUUACUUCUAGGUUUAGCCUGCUUCAACUAUUUUUUAAAAACCUGCAGUUAACUCAAAAUUGCAGUUUUUUUUUAUCAUUGUCUCUGUUGGAAACAGCAUUUUCUUAUUGUGUAUGAUGUUUAAAUUCAUUUUAGGUCAUCCUUACAUAAAUGUGCAGAGGAUAUGCAUGCUGUAUUGUGCUGGAUACUGUUAAUUGUUCAAGGUUGAAAAACAGCACUGGAAAAAUGUUUGAUUUGUAGAAGAUUCUUAUAAUCAUAGAAAAAAAUCACCGGCCUUUAUGAGUUAAGGUACAGGUUAUACUUGUGACCCCCUUCUUGUUUUCAGUCUCUUUGUUAUUACCCAGCUCUGAUCCCCUAUGACUAUAUACAUGGUAGGAUCUAACAUUUUGAAUUCAUCUGCUUUUUUACCUUUUAUGAAUGCUUUUAUUUUCAUGUCAUUUGUCAGGUUUGUGGUUUUUAUUUUUACAUAGAUGUGAUGAGAUGGGGUUGUGAUCAGCACUGUUUUACUUUGGCUAUGGAAACUGGAGUGGGUAAUACUUUACAACAGUUGGGCAAAAGCUUUCCUAAUUUAAAUCUUUUGUGUCUCCUAAGUAAACUAUACUUUGCUUUGACCUCAACUGGAAGCCAUGCACCUUUUUAAAACUGCAUAACCUUUCUUGCUUAAAUGGUUACAUUGUGCUGCACAAUAAACAGUCGAGAUACCAA